AUGUCUGGCAUACUGUUGGGAGAUACGCAAUUGGUCGAGAGCAUCAACUCUAUCAUCAAGCUGAUCUCCACACGAUGCGCGAAAAUCGACAUUGCGAGCUUGUCUGCCAGGGUAAUCUUGAAGAAGGCAAGCGCAUUCGCUCGCGCCGGGUCUGCCUUCAGAUCGGCGCAUGACGACACAAUUUCGAAGAGGUGGUCAGCAAUCAAGAGCCGUGCAUUUCCAAUCCUGCAGGACAUGAUUGCUGUUGGUCAAGACUACAAGGUCGCGAUGAACGCCGCAGAUCGUUUCAGGCCGACAGAUACGAUGACCCUGCGGACUUUGCACGCAAGCCUCGGCAACACGAACCUGGCAGCUGCUCUGCCUGAGCUGAAACAGGCACUGGGCACGGUUGCUGGACAACUUCAGUGGCUGUGCAGUAUGCAGGAUGCCAAGUUCAAGUGGGUUGCCAACGCAGUGGUCAAGUGGCACAAGGCAUCAAAAGCAUUCAUGAGCAGCGACGCUGUGGGUAGCCUUUGGUCUGCUGUGGCAUCGACGGUGCUGUAUGUGAAAACGCCGUCUGAGAGCAAUGACUUGCUGGCGUUGCAGGCUGCGUCUCACAGAUCUCACGACCACAUGGUGCUCCUGAAAACCACGCAUGACGGGCGUUUGGAACCUCUUUUGGAUGAGAGAGGCUUGCUGCAGUUCAGUUCAUCGCCGAAUGUUUUCCGGCAGUGUUACGCCACUUGCCAAGACGAAGAAUCUACAAUCUGUUUGAUGGCAAUGCGUGUGCUGUAUCAAGAGAAAGGUUUGCUCGGCUGGUUGGACUCUGCCGAUCAACUGCCGGCGUUGCAAGACGUUGGCGCCGGUGUAGCUGCCCACCGCGACAUUGAUUCAGCGCCGCUCUGGAGACCCUGGAGGCCGUAUAAUCACGCUGCUUUGGCUGGGGAGCGGGACAACAAUUUCAUGCAACUGACUGUGAAACAACGUGCUGGUGAUGAGGAUGCCCCGGACACCUCUAAUGCUGGUGCCGAGGGUGUUCUAGAUGAAGAGGGGCAGAGGCGCGUGCUUGAAAACCAUGAGGAUGUAAAUGCUGGAUAUGGUUUGGGGGACGAUUCCCAAGAGGCAUCGGAAGAGAUGGCGGCUGGCCUUUUCGAAGAUGCAGACGCAGUUGAUUCUGCCAACGCCGCGACCAUUAAAGCAGCUGCUGGAGUGAUGAAAUCUCGCGCUGAUGGCGGCACCAGCAAUGCAGACUUAAGGAAGAUUGAGCAAGCCAGCGAGAUGCUAUCGAAUACGCUCGCGCAGCCAUCUGGUUUGACAGGUGCAGAGCUGGAAGAGGAGGCGUUGCUGCUCCUGAUUCGGCAACAUAAUGCACAGGCUCAGGACGCUGGGGUCAAGCGCACCAGUCAGGACGCAACUGCAGCAUCCAGCAAUCCGAAGCGACUACGCGGAACAGAUUACUCAGACCUCCUGAAGCAGUUCGAAAACAAAAUGGUGUCAUCUGAUGAGGAUGAGGCUGAUGAUUCAGACUUUAUCGAAGAUGCCGAGGACGAUGCCGUUGCCCGUACGUCAGAGUCGGCAGCCACGAUUUCGAAGGUGUCGCUGCCAGCUGAAGCGACACAGGGGCGGCAGCAACAACAACCUCUGCAUCGCCCUUCCACAUAUAAGAAGGCGUACAAGCUGUGGCACGAGGCAUUUGCAGAGACGAUAUCAGCAAUUGAUGACGCCGCUGAACGUGGCAAGCUGCCUAUCGGCCAUGCAGAUGAAAUCAGUGUGCUGGUGCGUCUUCCACAAGGGCAUGACACGGAUCUACAGCUGCAGUGCUACGAAUUGGUUUACGUGAAAUGGGUGAAUGCUGCUGAGCGCGAGGGUCGUCUUGCUCGAGUGGAUGCAGCCAACCGUGUGGUCUGGUCGCCAGCUUCUUUGUUCGGCAGAACCGUGCCGACAGAGGUGUUUGAUUUGGCACGCUACCAGUGCCUGAUCUCUGCCGCAGGCGCGUGUUCCAGGAGGGUCCGAGGAAGUGGUACAGGGGAGCUGCGCGACCAGUUGCCUUCCACGGUCUGUCGCUUCGUGAAUUUCCUUAAGGUCGCCAUCAUGCAUGCGAACGAGGACUGCCCGGAUUGUUGA